GAAAGGAAACAUUCGGGAGUACAUUAUGGAAAUGUCUCACAUUGCUUCAAAACUAAAGGCACUCAAAUUGGAUUUAUUUGAAGACUUGUUAGUGUACUUGGUUCUGAUAUCCCUUCCGGCACAUUUCAGUCAAUUCAAGGUGAGCUAUAACUGUCAAAAGGAUUCAUGGUCCCUUAAUGAGCUCAUCUCACACUGUGUCCAGGAAGAGGAAAGACUGAAACAUGAAAAGACAGAAAGUGCUCAUUUAGCCACCACCUCUAAGGACAAAAGCAACAAGAAAAGGAAGGUUAAUAAGGAAGCUACAGGUACGGCACCGCAAAAGAAACAGCAUAAGGAACCAACUGAAGGCGGUUGUUUCUUCUGUGGAGCUGCAGGUCAUAAGAAGAAAAAUUGCACCAAUUACCACGCAUGGCGUGUAAAGAAAGGGUUGCCUGAGUUGCCGAAAAUCAAGUGAUGGUGAAAAAUACAUCUAUGCUGGCGACGGCAAUAGAAUGGAAGUAGAGGCAAUAGGAAAAUUUAGAUUAUUGUUAAAGGCUGGAUUUUAUUUGGAUCUUGUUGAGACAUUUAUUGUACCGUCUUUUAGACGGAAUU